AUGCUUCAGCACGUCUGGAUCUCCUUGAUGAAAAGUAUGCAAGCCCACAGAGCUGGCGUGGACCCAUUCACCGUCGCCGAUAUAUGCCAAUAUCGAGGAAGCGGACUGAGGGAGUUGAAGAACGCCCUCCCUAGGGCAGCCAAUGACCCUUAUGGCAUUGUGCUCAGCUGUGUGAUGACUAUGAUGACGGCCGAUCUGUACAGUGGCGGCCCAUGGACCACGCAUCUGGAGGCUUCGAGGAGAAUCUUGGUGCUGAAUGGCGGUUUUAAGCAAUGCUUUGAUCGAAUUUGGCCUUUGCGAAGGAUCCUGGUCAACUUCAUCAUAGUGGACGUGUUCAGCGCUACGAUGUGUAGCUCCAGACUGAUCGACGAUACCUGUGCAUCGAUGCAUGCCGAGUAUGUUGAUGUGCUGGACGACACUGACCACGAUGUCUUUGCGUGCAGUCGACCUUGUCCUCGACAGUUGAUCCAGGCGAUUGCAAGACUGAACAUCCUGCGAGCUUCGCUGAAUCAUCGGUCAACGAAUGGAGAUGAAAGCCUGCGAUUGGAACUGACCGACUUAUCGGACAUGAUUCAAGAAUUCGAUGCAACGAAGUGGGCGAUCAGUGUAUCAGAUCUCGGCAAGACAUUGCCACGGAAAGCCGAAGACUGUCUGGAAGAACGCGAUGCAAUGGCGCUAUCUUCCUACGCAUCCUGCUAUCACUCUGCGACGCUGCUCUACUUCCUCCUAUCCUGCGCAACUCCUCUGACUCCUCAGGACAAAGUGCGAGUACACGUUGCAUGCCAAACACUCUCACAGCACCUUCGGUCGCUCUUCGACAGCGCAGCAGUAGAUACGGAAGGGCCGCUGCACACCCAGCUCUGGAAGCUCCUUUCUUGGCCCAUAAUCAUCGGGAUGUAUGUUGGCAUCGGCUUUGGUAUCGGCGAAGAAGAGGUUGAGGCACACCUGGAGCGUCUUCGAAAGAUGUCAACGGUGUUUGGGUCCACUGAUGCGGCGGAUGUUACGAAGUUCAUAUACCGUGUUAAGGCUCAGAGGGCUCGCCGCUCAGCCACGGACUGGAGGUGGGAUGAUGGUUUUUACACAAGAUGUGCGUUUGCAUUGUGA